UUGUCAACACGCGUUCUGGAAUAAACAGUUUGGGCUCUCUAAACCAAGGCAACCAUCUGCCUACUUUCUCACAGCCCCACAGGAAAAAAUGCCAUCCAAAAUUUACCACUACAACAUAAAUCAACAAUCUCACGAUGGCUUCUAAAGGUGGCAACCGAAUAGACACCGCGGACGGGAACACUGGCGCGAUGAACACCAAAAAAACUGGAUCCGACAAGUUGAAAACCCCCCGGGUAAUCAGAGAGGCUGCUAGAUAUAAAGUCGCCCUUGAAAUUCAUGGAGAGCAUCUUGAAGCCCAUCGCAAUCAGCUGAAAGAGAUCCAAGAGAGGCACAGCUUGGUAAUUGACGAGAUCAUGCCUAAAUUGAGCCUUAUGGGAGAGUCAUUACAAUCCGGGAUGGAAUCCAUGCAGCUAAAGGUUGAUCGUCUUCGUGAUAUUCGUUCGGAAAUCGAACGUGACCAGGCUGCAGAGAAGAUUAACGCGAAGCCAGUCGUGGACGAGACUCCGCCCCAGAGAAUGACCCUAAAUCCACAAGUACUCCAUGCUAUGGGGCUUCGUGAUCUAUCGAAUCUGGUCAGUCGCGAAGUAAUCAAGCUGGUCUGUGAGCUGGCUAUUCGUGGCGCUCCUGUCACAACUCCUUCUACAACACCUCCUCCUCCCGCGACGCCUCCUCCAGCGACGCCUCCUACCACAGUGCCCCUUAAUACAUCUCCUCCUACGCCAUCUACUAUUAUACAGCCUUCUCCCGAAUUACCCCCUGCUUCUUCGCCGCAGAAGACCUACAAAGAGCGACAGAAGGAGAGGCGUAAGCAGAAAAAGGCAGAGAAAGCAAAACAUCAAAAGGAACAAACUCUCGAAUCACCAACUGUCGAAGUCAAUACGAGCCGCAGAGUCAUGAAGGAGAAAAAGCUAGCCAUGAAGAGGCCGGUGAAGAGACUCCGUUCGCGCCAAAUCAAGGAAGAGAUGAUGGGAUCGCGUACAGUCAAGGUCAUAAGAGAUAGGCUAUGGGAAACGGGACAGGCGAUCCGUUGGGCCCCUUGUCUUCUCGUAUGGAUGCGCUCGGUUGAGAAGUUUGACAUGGAAACUCGUUGGAAACUACGAACGAGACCGUACGCGUUUUUUUAGAUGUAUCGGCAUAGGACUGAAAGUCCUGAGAUUAGUCACGUAUAUUGUGUACGUUUGUAUCUCACGGCGUAGGUAUUUUGAUGCUUUAAACUACUUACGUAUCAUGCUAGUAGUCGCUCUUUUAUUAAUGUAAUAAUUUGUCUUAUAGAUCUCUUUGUUGCCCCCUGUGUUUUCUACAAUCUUAUCAGUG